CUUUUACAACUGGUUCCAAGGGGGAAACUACAAGCGGAAUUAAUAGAAUAGAUGGUGCAGUUUUCGGAGUCAAUUUUAAUUUAGUGGAAUUUUUCGAAUAUUUGAAACGUACAUAAAAUUGUGGAAAUCUACUUUGUUGGACACACUUUUUCCUAGCGACUUUCCCCUAUAUUCCAUAGGCUUUUGCUUCAUUCGCAACAAAACAUUUCUACUAUCUACACACGUCCCUGAGUAUCGCAAAAUCUCCAAGAUGGAAAAUUCCAACAACAAACAGCAAACGGAAGACAACUCCAUCCACAAAACGCAUGACCUCAGCGCACUAUGGGACAAACACUGCGAAUACGAAUUUGUCAUCCGUGACGCUGCUGCAACGAUGUCGACAAUGGUGCCUGAACCGUAUGUCAAUCACAUUCCUACUAUGACUGGCGGAGUCGGCGCAAAAGAAUUGUAUCGAUUCUACGAACAUCACUUCAUCCACGGAAAUCCGGAUGACAUGGAAAUGAUACCUAUUUCACGUGUGGUCGGAACGGAUCGCGUUGUCGAUGAAAUGCUAUGCUGUUUCACUCAUAAUCGUGAAAUUGAUUGGAUGUUGCCUGGAAUCGCACCGACCGGCGCUUAUGUGAAGAUUCCGCUCGUGGCUAUAGUUACGUUUCGUGAUGGAAAACUUUGCAAUGAACACAUCUAUUGGGACCAGGCUUCAGUACUGGUACAAAUUGGGCUUUUGGAUGGUACAAAUUUGCCAGUGGCUGGAGCUGAAACGGCGAAUAAAUUGCUGGACAAAAAUCUUCCUUCAAAUACUCUAAUGAAACGUUGGGCUGAUAGUGCUGCGGACGAGAAUUGAAUUGAAUUGUACGGUUAAAAUUUGUUAUAAAGGUAACGAUUGUAGAAAAUUAUGAAAAAAAUAAAAUUCGCAGAUCGGAUUCGGAUUCAGAUUCGGAUAAGAUUACAUGACCUACACCGAGCCACACGUACAGAUUGUAUCUGUGCCACUGUCUGGGAACAGAUUUCAGAAUUAAAGGAGAUACUGUUCUAGACCACUAUUGGCAGAGAAAAUUAAGU